AUGGCCAGCCUCGAUCUUCUCCUCAAGCUAGGGUUUCGCUUCAACCCGUCUCAGGAGGAGGUCAUCACCUACUACCUGCCACGGCUCAUCGCCGGCCACCCGCCCAAGGACACCGAGGGGUACAUCCACCGCGCUGACGUCUACGGCGCCGACGAGCCCAGGGACCUCGCCGGCAAGUACGCGCCCGUGGCGAGGAGCCCCAAUGGCGACCGGUUCUUCUUCACCGGUUGCAAGCGGGUCAAAGGGAAGUUCUCCCGCUCCGCCGGGGGUGGCACCUGGGUCUCGCAGUCCAGCAAGGAUCUCAAGAACAGGGAGGGCAUCAAGAUCGGCGAGGUCAAGAACUUCCGCUUCAAGAAAGGUGGCAACAACACGGAUUGGUUGAUGGAGGAGUAUCACCUCUGCGGGAAAGAAGCCGGUGGUGUCGUCGAGCCCGUCGUCUGCCGGAUUUACGUCUCCCCGAGGGCGGCUCCUGAUUCGGUGGCGCACCAAGAAUCAGCCGCCCUGCCGCCGCCUCAAGAACUCGUGCCGCCGCCCCAAGAACUCGCGCCGCCGCCGUAUCCUGCAGCACAGGCGGCGCCGCAAGCUCCUGCGCCGCCACGACAAGUGCCCGUGAUCACGCAGCAGCAGGCGCCGCCCCAGAAGAGGCCCGCCGCGCCGGUCGCCGAGCCGCCGUGCGCCACCAAGAAGAUGAAAGGCGCUGUCUCGGCAAAACCAAUGGCGCCGCAGAGCAGCGUGACGGCGUCCGCGGCGCCACCCCGGUGUGCCGUGGCGCCAUCGCAGCAUCAUCCACCAUUCCAGACCUACCCGACGGACCCGUUCGAGCCACCGGCGCCAGCUGCCUCGGUGACUCAGCCGUCUGUCCCUGCGACGCCAGAGCAAGGCCCUGCUUAUGUACCCGAUCCGGCUGACAUCGGCAUGGAAAUGGACGAGCUUAUGAGCUUCCUGGACAGUAUACCAGUCGACGGCAUCCUCCCUUCCCAGCUAUAUGAAUACGACGAGCUCGCCAAAGAACUGGAGGACGCGCUACAAGGAGGAGGAGAAGAGGACGGCAAUGACAAUCCACCGCGGUGUGCGACUCCUCCUCCUCCGCGACCGGCAUCUUGGCCCGCCAUGGCGCCACCGCCGCCGCCUCAUCCACCCAUCUUGACCUUUCCCAAGGAUCCGUUCGAGACCAACGAAGAAGACGAGGGCGAGGACGAUUUUGCGAGCAUGCUAAGAGGCCAUGUGUUCGCUCCUUCAGUCGUCGCGGAAGAGGUGGAUGUGACAAGCAGUCGCAGGGGGGCUACCGUGUGCUUCUGA